AUGACUUCUACUUGGACUGGAUCUGAAACCUCAACUACUACUAUCAAGGGAGGUCCAGGUGAAAGUGACACUGUCAUUGUCGAGGUUCCAACCCCAACUAGUACGAUCACUUCAACUUGGACUGGAUCGGAUAUUUCUACCACAACCAUUACAGCUGGUGAAGGUGGUACUGCUACCGUUAUUGUUGAAGUGCCUACUCCAACCAAUACGAUUACUUCCACUUGGACCGGCUCUGAAACUACUUCAACCACUAUUUCUGCCGCACCUGGAGGUAAUGCUACCAUCGUUAUUGAGGUUCCAACUCCUACAACUACCGUUACUUCUACAUGGACUGGCUCUGAUGUUUCAACCACCACUGCCAUUGGAGGACCAGGUGAAAGCAACACUGUUUUUGUCGAAGUGCCAACUCCAACUACAAUUAUAACUUCUACAUGGACUGGAUCUGAAACCUCAACUACCACACUUAAAGGUGGACUCGGUGGAAGUGACACAGUGAUUGUCGAAGUUCCAACUCCUACAACUACGAUAACUUCUACCUGGACUGGAUCUGAAAUAUCCACUACAACGAUUCCAGCAGGACCAGGUGGAUCAGCGACCGUCAUUGUUGAAGUUCCAACACCAACGACCACUCUUACAUCCACUUGGACUGGUUCUAACAUUUCAACCACCACGAUUAUUGGAGGUCCAGGCCAAAGUAAUACUGUUAUCGUCGAGGUUCCAACUCCUACUACUGUCAUUACAUCUACUUGGACUGGAUCUGAAAUUUCGACUACAACUUUGAAAGGUGGUCCAGGUGGCUCCGAUACUGUUAUAGUUGAAGUACCUACUCCAACAACUACCGUUACUUCUACUUGGACUGGAACUAACACUUCCACUACAACUGUCACUGGAGGACCAGGUGAGAGUAAUACCGUUAUUGUUGAAGUGCCAACCCCAACUACUACUAUUACCUCGACUUGGACUGGAUCUGACACUUCUACUACCACAGUAAAAGGACAACUUGGACAGUCCGAUACUGUUAUUGUUGAAGUUCCAAUCCCAACCAACACGAUUACAUCGACAUGGACCGGAUCCGAUACCACUACAACUACCAUCUCAGGAGUACCAGGAGGCAAUGCUACCGUUGUCGUUGAUGUGCCAACACCGGCUAUCACCAUCACCUCGACUUGGACUGGAACUGAAACUUCUACAAUUACUUUCCCGGCCCUGGUGGGCGGCACAGCAACGGUUAUUGUUGAAGUACCAUCUAGCAUUUCGGCAUCGAACUCAAGUUCCGUCACUUCUUCAGUGUCUGAGACAAGUUCUGAUUCUUCAUCAGUGCCCGAGUCGAGUUCUGCUUUGUCUUCAUUACUGCUUUCAAAUGUUACUUCUUCAGUGCCCCCAUCAUUGACAGUUUCUGAGUCCAGUCUUGUUACGUCUUCGGUUCCUGAAUCCAGUUCUAGUUUGUCUUCCAUAACUGAGUCCAGUUCCGUUUCGUCUUCGGUACUUACAAACGUUACUUCUUCAGUACCUCAGUCCAGUUCAAGUUCGUUAUCUGAGUCCAAUUCUGCUUCGUUAUCAGCUUCUGAGUCCAGCUCCGUCACUUCUUCAGUGCCUGAAUCCAGUUCUAGUUUGUCUUCCAUAACUGAGUCCAGUUCUGCUUCGUUGUCAGUGUCUAUGACUAGCUUCAAUGUUUCAAGCUCUGCUUCAUCUUCGGUUUCUGAAGUCGUCUCAGCUUCUUCCAGCUACGUUUCGUCAUCGGCAUCUGAGUCUGCUUCGUCUUCCGCAACUGAGUCUAGCUCUGCUUCGUCGUCUGCGUCCAGCACUGUUUCGUCUUCUUCUGAGUCUAGCUCAGCUUCAUCUUCGGCACCGGAAUCAAGUUCAGCUUCAUCUUCCGCUGCUGAGUCCAGUUCUACGAUUGAGUCCAGCUCCACAAUUGAGUCCAGUUCUCUCUCGUCCAAUUCAGCCUCAUCAGAGUUCCCAUCAAUCAGGCUUAGCUCUGCAGUUUUGAGCUCAUCGUCUUCUGGAUAUGCACCUAGCUCAUACGCUAACAGCUCAAUUGCCUUCUCGAGUUCAUCGGUUACCAGCUCGGUGCCUGUUAGUUUAACGAGUGACAGUUCCUCUGGUUCAACAUCUGCACCAUCUUCCAGUAUAACUUCUGGUUCGUCUGCAACAUCUGAUUCUUCUGUUUUUUCGGGAAGUUCUUCAAUCCCAUCAUCCAGUUCAGCUGAUUCGUCUGUUUCUUCUGAUGUUACUUCAGUUCCAUCCAGUUCAACUGAAGCGUCUGUUUCUUCUGAUAUCACAUCAGUUCCAUCUUCGAGUUCAGCUGAAUCGUCUGUUUCUUCUGGAGUUAUCUCGGCAUCUUCGAGUUCAACAGACUCAUCCAGCGUCUCGGGAUCGCCAACUAGUGAAACCUCAGAGACAUCUUCUUCCGAGUCAUCCAUAUCACCCGAGCUGUCUACGCCAUCGUCCAGUAUAACUCCAGGCUUGUCGACAUCUUCAAGCCUUUCUUCUGAUACCACUUCAGAAGUAUCCUCGAGUAUUACAUCUGGCUCAGCUGCAACAUCUUCCGAUACCACAUCAGAAUUAUCCUCAAGUAAUACGUCUGGCCCAGCUACUAUAUCUACUUCUGAUACCAUAUCAGCAGUAUCCUCAAGUGGUACACCUGUUUCGAAUUCCGAUGUUUCCUCCGAAACAGUAGAGUCAUCUAGUGUUACGUUCAGUGGUGCGAAAUCUGAAGUUUCAUCUGAUGUUACUUCAGCUUCUUUGACUGGUUCAUCUAGUGUCACCGUCUCAGAACCCACUGAUAUUAUCACCAGCGUUUCUUCAGCAUCUUCCAUUGCAACUCCAGUCCAGCCUUCCUUGUCUACAAGUGGUUCAUCUAUAAUCAUCUGUAGAAGAGAUGGCUCAAACUGUAUAACCGUUGAUUCUUCGUCAGUCUAUUCACAAGCGACCAGCAGAAAGACCUCGUCGACAGACAGGAAUUCUGUUGAUGCAACGAGUAGAACAAGGGGAAAUGGCGGAACAGAUAUCGUUCCUCCAACUCAAACAGUUGUCGAUACGGUCACAGAAACAACUGUGGAGCCAUGUACUACAGACUCGACUUCGAGCACUCCAUUAGUUGCUCCUAGUAGAGGUUCUGGUAAUGGAGGCUACGGUCAAAAUGGAGGAUCCAAAUCGUCUGCUUUCAGUUCAUCACCAACUAAAGGCGCUGCUACUGGUACUGAGAACGGCGUGCCUUCAAGAUCGCUCGCUGCUAAUUCAACACCAACCGAAUCAGAAUCUGGGUCUGGACCAGGUCCCGAAUCUGAUAACAGUGAACAUACAGGCCCAGCACCAACCGGUAAUAGCGGACCUGGCUCAGGAUCAAACAACAAUGAGCCUACAGGUGCUGCAGCAACAACUACUGGAUCUGGAAGUGGAUCUGGAAACGGAAAUGGAAAUGGAUCUGGAAACGGAAAUAAUGGAAAUGGAAGUGAAAAUGGAAAUGGAAAUGGAAGUGGAAGUGGAAGUGGAAGUGGAUCUGGAAAUGGAAAUGGAAGUGGAUCUGGAAACGGAAAUGGAUCUGGAAGUGAAUCUGGUAAUGGAGAGGCUCCAGGCUCACCCACCGCUUCUCUUUUAGUCCCAGCCGUCUCUGAGGAAUCUCCUCAAUCAGCUAGUGGAAGUCCUACACUUUACGCUUCCAAUUCGUCACCAACUGCCUUGGGACCUGGAUCUGGGUCUGCUAACAGUGCGCCUACAGGUUCAUCAUCUGCUCCAAGCUCAUCACCAACUGUUUAUGAAGGAGCUGCCGUGUCACAUACUGUGUCAUGGAGUAUGCUCACAUUUUUUAUGAGCAUGGUUGUCUUCAUCAAUUUGUGA